CUUCCCACAUUUUCUGACAAAUCUCUCUCUUUCCUCUUCCCUCUCCCCUCACCGACGGCCGGCCACCGGAGACCACGAACGCCCAACACAGCUGACGACGAGCCACCCACAUCUCCGGCGACGAGCUACUCACCGUCAAAAUCCCCAAAUUUCAAAACCCCGCCGAACUUUCGAAGUCGUUCUGAACCCGAAUCAGAAAGUAAAACCAAGCUCAGAAUGGCGGAGAGGAACAAGUACAGCAUAAUAAUCCCGACCUACAACGAACGCCUCAAUAUUGCCCUCGUGGUGUUCCUCGUCUUCAAGCAUCUCCGGGAUGUUGAUUUUGAAAUAAUUGUUGUGGACGAUGGUAGUCCUGAUGGGACUCAAGAAGUUGUAAAACAACUACAGCAAGUAUAUGGUGAAGAUCGCAUUCUUUUGAGAGCUAGACCUAAGAAGCUUGGGUUAGGAACGGCUUACUCUCAUGGCCUUAAGCAUGCGUCUGGAAAUUUUGUUGUAAUCAUGGAUGCUGAUCUAUCACACCAUCCUAAAUACUUGCCAAGCUUCAUCAAGAAACAGCUGGAGACUGGUGCAAGUAUAGUUACUGGAACCCGCUAUGUUAAAGGUGGGGGUGUUCAUGGAUGGAAUCUUAUGCGCAAGCUAACAAGUAGGGGAGCCAAUGUUCUUGCACAAACACUUCUAUGGCCUGGUGUAUCAGAUUUGACUGGAUCUUUCCGGCUUUAUAGGAAAUCAGUUCUUGAAGAUAUCAUUAGUUCCUGUGUGAGCAAGGGAUAUGUCUUUCAAAUGGAGAUGAUUGUUCGAGCUUCUAGAAAAGGCUACCAUAUUGAAGAGGUUCCAAUUACAUUUGUUGAUAGAGUAUACGGAAGUUCAAAGCUUGGAGGAUCUGAAAUUGUGGAAUAUCUAAAAGGCCUUGCAUAUCUGUUGGUCACAACAUAAAAUAAAGCAGAAAUGACAAGCAAGUGAUCAUCUUUUUUCAUUUUGUGCACUAGUCAUGUAAGGUUUUUCACUCUAUAAUUCUUCUUUUUGUUUAUGAAUUUUGAUAGGCCUUAUCAUACAAACAACUAAGAUUCUCAAUUGAGUCUAACAGCAGAUUAGCACAUUGGCUCGUGUUUAUGAGUUGCUUCCUUUUAAGUAAGAUUUACUUCUGAUGGCAA